GCUACAAAAAAAAAACGCCGACGAGAGUGUGGAGCGAGUCCUCCCUCCUUUGCUUCUUUUGAUUGAGGAAGAGACGACGGGAGUUUUUAUCCAGCUUCUCUCUCGAAUUAUUGAUUUGUCGUCGUCGCAAUAAUUAUUUAAUCCCGUUUUGUUGGAUAUGGGUGACUCUGAUGACGAUUACGAUCGUAAACGACGAGAUAAAUUUCGUGGAGAAAGAAACGACGGAUAUCGCGGAGGGCCAGAGGGUGGAAGGCGACCACCACAACAAGACGACAUGAGAGGAGGAAGAAGGGACGAUUGGGGAAAUGACAGGGACUGGGGGCGAGGUAGAGGCCCGCCACGACCAAUGGACUAUCGACUAGGUCAUCGGGUUCAACCACAUGAAUUCAGUCCUCCAAGUAAACGACCUCGUGGCGAUUGGGACCGAUACAGCCAAGAUUCUGCCUAUUCCUCAGGCUACUCAAAUUAUGAUGCCCAUCCGCCGCAGCAUUAUCAACCGUCGUCCCAUUCACACAGGGAUGGUGGUGGGGGUGAUGGUCAUCCGCAACCGUUAUCAUUCAAGGCAUGGUUAUCCAAUCAGGAUGACUCCAUUUCUGACCAGGACGCUUUGGCUAAAUACAACGAUUACAAGGCAGAAUUCAAACGACAGCAAUUGAACGAGUUUUUCGUUGCUCACCGAGAAGAGGAAUGGUUCAAGUUAAAGUACCAUCCAGAGGACAGCACAAAACGCAAGGAAGAACAAUAUCAAAAUUUGAAGAAACGAACAAAUCUUUUCAUGGAAUUCUUGGAAAGCGGACGGUUUGAAGGUGCCUCGCUGGAUUCUACCAAUUCUGAAAAGCUAAUUAAACUGAUGGAUUGGUUUGUUAUUCGUAUGGAGGAUGGAACUGAUGAAGAUGCUGCAAAGUUACUCUCGGAUGAACCUAGACCAAGGCGAAUUUCAACUGUUAAACAAGAGGAAGAAGCUGUAAUUCCUCCGGUUGAAAAAAAGGCAAAGGAAAAUGGAAAUAAUAAAGAUGAUUCCGAUGGAGAAGCGUCCAUGAGCGAAAAUGAAACAGCCGAUAAAAAUAGCGACGAGGAAGGCGAGACUAAGAAACGGAAGCGGUCUACAUCGAAACCUGAAGUGGAAGAUGAUGCAAGCAAUCUAGCAGCAAAAGAUGAGGAUGAAGAUAAAGUAGGCUCCAAUGGGGAAGAAGCAGGUUCUGACGAUGAAAAUCGACCUCCAAAAAAACGAACCAAGGAACGUCUUCAAAGUGGUGGCUCGGAAAUUGUAUCUGGUGGGUCCGAAAUCGAGAAUGAUCAGGAUGGGGGCGAGAACAAAGGGAAAGACAGCAAUGGAGAUGUUGUUGUGGAGAAGAAAAAUGCAAAACAGGGACUCCUUCCUAUUCCUGGAGAAAUGAAAAAGAAAGAGGAGGACGAACUUCCUCAGUUACAUCGCACAGCAUCAAUUUUCUUGCGCAAUCUAUCCCCUUUGGUUACAAAGCUGGAGGUAGAAGCAAUGUGUAAAAAGUACCCUGGAUUUAUGCGAGUAGCUAUUGCUGAUCCCCAGCCCGACAAGAAAUUCUUUCGACGUGCUUGGGUUACGUUCAAACGAAACGUCAACAUUAAAGAAAUCUGUUGGAAUUUGAACAACAUGCGCCUCCGAGACACAGAACUUGGUCCCAUCGUCAACAGGGAUCUGAGCCGGCGUGUUCGUACAGUAAACGGAAUUACUCCUCAUAAGAUGAUCGUGAGGAAUGAUAUUCGCCUAGCGGCUAAAGUUAUACAGCAUCUCGACAGCAAAUGGAACUUGUGGGACGAAGAUCGGCAAGCAAAUGACAAGGAAAUCUACGGGGUUUACUCAACUAACCCAGUGCUAAAAAAUAUUACGGACUACUUGAUUGAAGAAGCUUCAGCUGAAGAAGAGGAACUUUUGGGUUUGGGUUCCAGCAGUGACGGGGAAUUGGACGGAGAAGGAAAAGAUGAUAGAUUGAACACUAUUGAGCGGGAUGAGGAGCUAAUCGGUGUUUUGGAUCGCUUGCUGUUUUAUUUGCGAUUCGUCCACAGCUUGGAUUACUAUAACCAUUCAGAGUAUCCUUACGAAGAUGAGAUGCCAAAUCGUCUUGGAAUAAUUCAUGCUCGCGGAAUGCCUCCAACUGCAAAGGUUAAUACUGGAGAACUUCAAGAGUAUAACCGAAACUUUGAGCAGAAGAUUUCGACCUUUGUUCAGCCCAUAGUUCUGUUGACAGACGAAGAGUGCAAACUGCUUGGGACAAAGGAAGAUGAAACUGAAACUGAAAAGUUUAUAACUGCAAACACUCAAGAGUUAGGCAAAGAGAAAUGGUUAUGUCCAUUGUCUGGCAAAAAAUUUAAAGGUCCCGAAUUUGUGCGAAAGCAUAUCUUAAAUAAGCACGGAGACAAACUAGAAGAAGUAAAGAAGGAGGUAAUAUUUUUCAACAAUUAUUUACGUGAUCCAAAGCGACCACAGUCACCCGAAGCAGCCGCUAGGCAGGCUCUACAAGAACGACCUCCUCCUCCUCGACGAGAGCCGAUGCCGGAACGGGAUUACCCUCCCGGCCCACAAUAUGGCAGCUCGUAUGGAAGCGGCGGUGGUUAUGGGAUGAUGGGAGGUCAAGGAAAUUAUGGCGGAGGUGGUUAUGGUGGGCCACGCCCUUACGGAGGAGGUGGCGGACCUCAAUUCCGUGAUUAUGGACCACCUCGUGGAGGACGACCAUUUCGUAUGGGUAUGUAAUAAUGUAUAGUGGACGAGACCCAGGAAAUCGUGGAAUCGUGAGCUAUCGGGACUUAGAUGCACCGGCAGAACCGGACGAUUUUUAAUUAUUCAAUUUAGUGUAGUAGCUAAUAACUAAUACGACUAGAGCUAACACUCAAGUCUGUUUACUUGUUAAACUGUAAAUUAGAAAUAAGUCGUGAAAAUAUAAUUAAUUGUUGUCUUAAAUUUUCUGUAUCAAAAUUGUUUUCUAUUUAUAAUAGUUCUCUUUUUGGUUUCGGCCGGGUAAACUUACCAUUGAGUCGUUUCUUUUUGGAUCGUCCCCUUCUCGUGAAAAAAGUAUUUUACAUUUUAUUUUCACUUUACUAGCUUCAACAACUUGAAAUAUUUGAAAUACAACUAAAAAAUCUUAUUUAUCGGACAGUUAUGUCGUUGCAAUUGUGACGUAUGACGUACACCCAUAAAGUUGUUUAAGAGUUAAGCUAAGCAUAAUGUAUAAAAUCAUACUAAAUAAAUCUGUAGUUGAUGUUUAUCGUUGUUAUUAUUAUUAUCUAGGGUUUAAUGAAAUAAAUAGUGCUUUAUCUAGUAGAUGA